AUUGCGGAUCGUCACCAAAAACGUGCAAGAAAUCUUUUUUGUACAGGCAAAAAAGCAGCGAGCAAAUUUUAAGUAGUUUUUCUAUAGUUUAAAGUAAAUUUUCACCGCUAGAUUGUAACACAGAGACAAAAAGGAAUCAUGGCUCAAGACAAUGACGCCGAAAUUAGCACGAAAUUCUCGACAUUAAACGUAAAUGCAAUGGAAUUUGUGCCUGGUGUUGGUUUUACGUCUAUUAGUGCUCCAUCACAGCAGUCAACCACACUGGCAGCCGUCGUCGUGCAGCAGCAGCAGCAGCAACAACAACAGGAACAGCAAGAAAUGAUGAAUUCACAACCUCCGCCACCGAAUCCGGAUCCCGUAAUACAGCCGCCGACGUCGCUGCCGCUCCAAGAAAAGGUCACAGAUGAGUUUAAUUCGCUGGAGAGAAGGGAAACCAUGAACGAUAACGAGCCCGUGGAUAGUUGGGACGACGAAACACUUAUCACGCCCGACGAUGAGGAAAUGGACGUCGAUGGCGAGGACGAUGACGAAAUCGGGAUUCCCAAGGCUUCCAAGAAGAAAGUUGUCAAGGCGGAGGACACAAAGAGCAAAAAGGAGCACGUUAAUGUCGUGUUUAUUGGACAUGUUGACGCAGGAAAAUCAACAAUUGGCGGACAAAUUAUGUCAUUGACCGGCAUGGUUGACAAACGAACGCUAGAAAAGUACGAGCGGGAGGCACGUGAAAAGUCGCGUGAAAGUUGGUAUCUCUCAUGGGCUUUGGACACAAAUCAAGAAGAACGUGACAAAGGCAAAACCGUCGAAGUGGGACGCGCCUAUUUCGAAACUGAGAAGAAACACUUUACAAUUCUCGAUGCACCGGGUCAUAAAAGUUUUGUGCCUAACAUGAUUGGAGGCGCGGCGCAAGCGGAUUUGGCAGUGCUCGUUAUCUCGGCACGCAAAGGUGAAUUUGAGACGGGCUUCGAUCGGGGCGGACAAACGCGGGAACAUGCAAUGUUGGCAAAAACGGCAGGCGUCAAGCAUCUCGUAGUACUUGUGAAUAAAAUGGAUGAUCCGACGGUGAACUGGGACGUGGCGCGAUACAACGAGUGCAAGGACAAGAUUUUACCAUACCUCAAAAAAUUAGGAUUUAAUCCAGCAAAGGAUUUAACAUUUAUGCCUGUCUCAGGAAUCACGGGGCAAGGUAUCAAGGAACCAAUUGAUCAAUCCACGUGUCCGUGGUAUUCGGGACCAGCCUUUAUCCCGUUCAUCGACGACUUGCCAUCGAUGGAUCGCAAUACCGACGGACCAUUCAUAAUGCCAAUUGUCGACAAGUACAAGGACAUGGGAACAGUUGUCAUGGGAAAAGUUGAAUCGGGUGUAGCUAAAAAGGGAUACAAUUUGCUUGUAAUGCCCAACAAGACUCAAGUAAGUGUUGAUCAACUAUGGUCGGAUGAUGUGGAAGUUACAUCAAUUGGUCCAGGAGAGAAUGUAAAAAUCAAACUAAAGGGAAUCGAGGAAGAAGACGUUUCUCCCGGUUUCGUGUUAUGCGAUGCCUCUAAUCCAAUUAGAACUGGUAAAGUGUUUGAUGCCCAAGUAGUUAUUCUAGAACAUAAAUCAAUUAUAUGUGCCGGGUACUCGGCUGUCAUGCACAUCCAUUGCGCCGCUGAAGAAAUUACCGUAAAGACUCUUAUUUGUUUAGUAGAUAAAAAAACAGGUGAAAAGUCCAAGACUCGACCUCGAUUUGUGAAACAAGAUCAAGUGGCAAUCAUGCGAAUUGAGUGCUCUGGAUUAAUCUGCCUUGAAUCAUUCAAAUUGUUCCCACAAAUGGGUCGAUUUACGCUAAGAGACGAGAAUAAGACAAUUGCAAUCGGUAAAGUACUCAAAGUGGUGGAGUAAAUGAAUUGCUUUAAUAAUUAUAAAAUAUAAAUAUACAAGAAAACAAAAAAAAACAAGUAAAAA